CAUGUCACCAUAAUGCUGCACAAGAGGCGCUGCGAUUUCAUCACUCCUUCCAUAUGCAGCCUCCGGAUCAUUUUGGUUCAAGCAUAAAUUGGGUUUAGCAACAAUGCGACCGAGUGACGUUACAUCUGUCGGUACAAACUAUCUCCGGGAAGAUUAAUAACAGAUUUAAGAAACCUUUUCUAAGUUCAAGGCGUGGCUGAAUAGACUACAGAAGGCUACAUUUCCGAGUGAUGUUCAAGCUUGAUUCUGAGAAGAUGGCAAGCAGCUCCGACUGUAAGUGUGUUGAGUUUGCGACAGUAGACAAGGAGGACAUAUUUUUUCAAGUCGAAAAUGAAGAUUUAGAGUCGGAUGAUUUUAAAAAAGAGACUAAUAAAUGCUACCAAAAAAUGAUCCAAAUCAAGAACAACCGAUUCCUGGUUGUAGAUGAACAAUGUCUCAAGUUCAAAGAGCAGAAUAAGGAGCAAUGCAAAGCAGAAGAUUGCCGGUUCAAUAUCCAAGUAUAUAGAAACAAUGACAUUGCCAACCCCAGAGGAAGUGCUGUUACUCUCUCUGUGACAUCACAUUGUAAGAAAACUUAUCUGGUGUGCUGCAAGAAUAAUGGGAACAAAAAAGAAGUUUCUGCCAAACCACUGGAGCAACCUUUGCCUGACCAAAUUCUCUGCUCACAACAUGAGGCUGUGUUCUUCAUGGAAGCAAUUCUUGGUACAUCUAUGUACAGAUUUAAGUCAUCGCUGUGGAGUGGGUGGUACUUGAGCUUUGAGGCUGGAUCAGAUGAGGAGCCCAUGAAGUUAAUCCUCAGGGAGGUGCUUGAAGAUGUUGUGGAUGAGAGGUGUUGUAUGGCCUUACAAAAUCCUGAGAAUAUGACAUAGAGUUUUAUGGUGCUUUUGUUAAUGACUGAGGAAAAUGUUAGUGAAUAAUCCACUUGCUCAAAACCUGACACUUUUUCUAAGUUUGUAGUCUAUCAUCCUGUAUCUGAUCAUCAUUGUAUAUGCUCUAUAUUAAACUGAUUUUUAAUCCGUAA